UAGUGCUAGAAAAUAGCGAGGGUUAGAAGUGUUGGUGGAGGAAGAGAUCCGGCAACCAUAAAAGAAGAAAGCAGGCGAACCAAACCAAACAUACCAAAGCGAAGCAAAGGAAAGCCACGCAUCCAACAGAAGGGGACACCAAACUCGUAAAGGGAUCGGCGUCAUAUAUAGGGAGCUGCCAGGCGUUCGAGAAGGACAGGGGAGCUCAGCUAGGCACGCGCAGCUGCAGCAAGCAAGAGCUGCGAGCAAGCUAAGCUACGCGAGCUCCGUUUCGUUCAUCUCCCAAUCUCUAUCCCACAGAGAGGGAGGAGGAAGAGGAAACCGAAGCGCAAGGAGCACGCUCUUGAUCGGCCUUUCGUGGGUGUGCACGCCACCCCGAAAGGGUCUAGCGGCGGCGUGGUGGUGGUGGUGACCGGUGAGUUUGUAUAAAGAGCGGGCGCGGAGAUGCAGCAGCGGCGCAAGUCGGUGUUCGCGUCGGCGCCGUUCGCGAUGAAGCAGGCGGCGCUGGGCGCCGGCGUGGCCGCGCGCAAGAACGGCGCGCCGCUGUCGCUGGCGGCGGUGGUGUUCGCGCUCUUCGUCUUCGCCACGUUCCUGUACAACGAGGACAUCAAGUCCAUCACCGACUUCCAGUUCAGCUCCGGCGCCAUCCGCGCCAAGGCCCCCGAUCUGCACCUCCUGCAGGAGGCCGAGGCCGCCGCGCACGCCGCCGUCAACACGCUCGCCAAGCGCGGGGAGGAGGUCAUCGUGCGCGUCCUCGAGGCGCCCGCCGCGGCGGGGGCGCUGGCGCGGCAGGCGGGCGCCAACACCACCGCCGCCGCGAAGGCCAAUGCCGCGAACACCGCAAAGGCCAAUGCCAACGCGGUGGACGUGGUGCAGGAGAAGGAGCGCGACGUGACGCUCCCGAUCGUGACGGGCGGUGGCGGCGCCGACGAGGCGCGGCGUCGCGCGGACGAGGAGGCCGCCGAGAAGGCGUCAUCGGCGAAGGCCGCGGCGGCCACGGCCGCGCUGCGUACGGUGGUGCGCGUGCCGGAGACGUGCGACCUGUACCGCGGCAACUGGGUGUACGACGAGGUGAACGCCCCCGUGUACAAGGAGGGCGAGUGCGAGUUCCUGACCGAGCAGGUGACCUGCAUGCGCAACGGCCGCCGCGACGACUCGUACCAGAAGUGGCGCUGGCAGCCGACGGACUGCGACCUCCCGCGGUUCGACGCGCGGUUGCUGCUGGAGCGCCUCCGCAACAAGCGCCUGAUGUUCGUGGGCGACUCGCUGAACCGGAACCAGUGGGAGUCGAUGGUGUGCCUGGUGCAGUCGGUGAUCCCCAAGGGGAAGAAGACGCUGACCAAGUUCGUCAACGGCGGGUCCAGCAACGUGUUCCGCGCGCACGAGUACAACGCGACGGUGGAGUUCUACUGGGCGCCCUUCCUGGUGGAGUCCAACUCCGACAACCCCAAGGUGCACAGCGUCCCCGACCGGGUAAUCCAGUGGCACGCCAUCGCCAAGCAUGCCAGAAACUGGAUCGGCGUCGACUACCUCGUCUUCAACACCUACAUCUGGUGGCUCAACACCCUCGACAUCAAAGUCCUGAAGGGGUCCUUCGACCAGGGCUCGACCGAGUACGUGGAGGUGGACCGCCCCGUGGCGUACAAGGAGGUGCUCAAGACGUGGGCGAAAUGGGUGGACCGGAACAUCGACCCCAACAAGACCACCGUCUUCUUCAUGGGCAUGUCACCCAACCACAUCACGCCGGAGGCGUGGGGCAACCAGGGCGGGAUCAAGUGCGCGAUGGAGACGCUGCCGAUCACGAACCGGAGCGCGUCGCUGGACGUGGGCACGGACUGGCGCCUCUACGCGGGGGCGCAGGAGGUGCUCCCCACCCUGCGCCGGGUGCCCGUCCACUUCGUCGACAUCACCGCGCUCUCGGAGCUCCGCAAGGACGCGCACACCUCCGUGCACACGCUCCGCCAGGGGAAGCUGCUCACCCCGGAGCAGCAGGCCGACCCCAAGACCUACGCCGACUGCAUCCACUGGUGCCUCCCGGGCCUACCCGACACGUGGAACCAGUUCCUCUACGCGCGCAUCGCCUCCAGCCCAUGGCCCGCCGAUGCCCAGCAGUAGCAGAAGCAUCCUCUUGCUUUGCUUGCUCCGGCCGGCCGGUACCUGACGACGAAGGGGCAGCGUCCGAAGAACGAGGCUCCUCCGGUGAUGCUUCAUGAAUGCCGUGCAGGAAGCUGAGCCAAGGACAGGGUUGUCUUGGCACAGACAAGGGAUGCUCUCGCCAAUGCCUUUCUUUUGAUUGCGUAAAGCUGUUCAAUGUUGUUAACCUUUGAUUCUUUUGUCGAAACAAGUGGAGGGUCUAGGAUAAAAGAAAAAAAUGUGGCGAGCUGUGUUGAGAAGUAGCUCGCUCAUUUGAUUUCUUCUCCUAGUGAGCAUGGCUAGGAGAAAGCAAAAAAAAAAAAAAGGUCGUGCAUGCAUGAGAUGUAAAGAAGAAUUUUUGUGUAUUACACUAUGCCGGUGCACCCAAGGUUAAGAGAGGUAUAAAGACUGCCUACGAGGUUCAUCUGUUCUUCAAUCA